AUGGAUGAGACAGCUAGCAGAGAAUGGUCUAAGAAAUAUUCAAAAGUCAAAGCUGUUGUCACUGAAUUUGAUAGGAUUAUUUCUCAUUUGAAAGCCGAUUAUAAAGUUCAACAAGUUAUUGAGCAACCUUUAUCAAUAAAUAUUUAUACUUCAGGCAAAUCAACAGGUGAUGUCAAUGGUAAAUUUGUUUUUUCACAAGUGCUUAUGGAGUGUCUUCUACGACUUAGAUCAAGUGAGGAAGAUAAAAAAGAACUAGUUAAUCGUUGUAGAAAGGUGUAUGAAGGUAAUCAAUUUGAAUUGAAUAAUCUUCAUGAAUUCGAAAAAGAGUAUACACCUGAUACAGCUGUAUGGUGUACUAGCAAGGCACAAGCCCGUCAGUUUCUCGAUGUUUCGAGUACUGUAGUCUGUUUAGAACAAGUAUUAUUUGAAAUUAAUGUUGAUUCUCAAGUAGCUACUACAAAACCAUUCGCUGAUAUUAGUCCAUUAAGUGAAUUCCCAGGUGAAUCAGAAAUUCUUUUUAUGGUUGGUUGCAUUUUUCGUUUGGAAAAUAUCAGUCAAUGUAAUGACGGACAAGUAUGGAUUAUUCGAAUGAAUUUAUGUAGCGAGAAUGAUAGUAAUUUUACAGAUGUCCUCACGAAGAUGAAGCAGCAGCUGGGUGGUGGUGGCGAAACAGAUCUUCGAACGUUGGGAAAAGUAUUGUGGAAAAUGGGAAAACUAGACCUAGCUGAGUUUUACUUAACCCGUUUGUUGAAUCAACUUCUACCAGAUCAUCCUUCGCUUGGCCAUUUAUAUGAAGAUCUUGGUGAAAUUGCAGCUCUUGUUCAUGAUUAUGACAAAAGCGUUGAAUAUAAACAAAAAUCAAUAAAAUAUAAAACUUCAAUACCAAGAAAACUAACUGAGAAAUUACAUAUUGAUGAACAUCGUAAAUCAGGGUGUACUGCUCUUCUCGAAGGCUUUUUCGCUUUAAAAGGCGACGUCUUUGUCCCUGUGAAACAACAGUCAUCAGCCACAUUUUCGGCUUUACCAUCAUCAAUGUCAUAUCUUGCUGAUUCAAAAUAUAUACAUUCAUUUCUUUCAGUUCCACUCGUUCCACUUGAACUUUUAAAUAAUGGAUUAUUUGUCGAGCUUAAACGACGUAAAUUAAUAAAUAUUGUCAACUGUGAUGAUAUUAUAAAUUUUCUGAAGCAACAUCCUCUCCUGGAGAAUGAAUUUUCUGAACUCUUGAGUUGGUUAUGUAGUAUUGAUUGCAGAGACAAUAAAAAAUUUAUCAAAACUAUACUCUCUACCAUUUAUUUUCGUGAUAAUUUCAGUCCAAAAAUUAUAACUUUAAAAAACAUAAAUCGUUACGAUGAAAUUAAUGUAACAUCAGUUCUACCUUUACCAUCGAAUGUUAUUCCUUUUAGAGUAGCCAGUAACAUUUCAUAUGAAGAUCUUAAUAGACAUUUAUCAUUAACACCAUUGACAAUUGAUGACCUGUUAAAUUUUUAUUUGAAAAGUGAUCAAAACUAUAUCUUAACUAAUGAAAAUGGAGUUGUAUAUGUAUUUAAUUUGAUUUCAAAAUAUUGGACUCACAUAACAGACAAUAUAAAAGAUCAAAUAAAGCAAAAAUUAUCAGUACUGAAAUGUAUUCCAACUAAAAAUGGAAUGGAAUUACCCAAAGAAGCAUAUAUUCCUUCAAAACUAAUAUCAUCUGACUUGCCAACAAUUAUUAAAAUGAAUAUCGUACGAGAUAUGACUCAUGUUAAAGAUGAUAAAAUAGUAGCCAUUGGUGGAAGUAAAACUGCCUUGAAUAAUCAACCAGAGCCUUAUGUUUUAGACCAAUUUCUCAAAUUCAUCGGGUGCCGAACAAUUCAUGUACAAUCAUUUAUCGAUCAUCAAAAACGUUUGGCUGGAUCAUUCGAUUCAAUCACGGAAAAUUCUCUACAAUUCAUUGAAUAUUUGAUGGAAUCAUCUAAAACUAUGAGCGAUGAAGAUAUCAAAGCCUUGAAACAAACCCAAUGCUUUGCAGGUGAGUCUUUCACGAAUAAGGAUGAUUAA